AUGGAAGCCACUGAAGAAGCGAAAGGAAUCUUCGGCAAAAUCGUUCCUCCCAGACUGGAAGACGCAGGACUCGAAGACUGUGCCUUGCCACCGGAUGCUAUCAAGGCAGCGUUCGCGAAAGCCGCCACCGCCGUCCGAUCAGUUAUCUCAGCAUCGGACGAUGAAGAAGCAGAGGGGCACUGCGUUAACGAUCCUUGGCCAGUAGUCGGAGAUUCUUCCGAUACACUCGUCGGGAUCACGGACGGAGUCGACGAAGUUCCCGGAAGUUGCGCGAACGAGAAAGGCGCCGGAUUGCCGGAGGUGACCGGCGAUGAGGUUGCGGUUAGAGAUGAGGACGAGAGAGUGGAUGAGUUGGUGACCGGGGGCCCCACCGUACCCGAGGGUGGGGAAAAGGCCUGCGUUGAUGGAUUGCAAGGAUUGGAAUUGGAAAUUGGAGGUAAGAGUAAGGGCAAAUUGGGAAAGAAGCAAAGCGAUGGGGAAGGGAACAAUGUAGAUGACGAUGACAGUGAGGAGAAAGAUUCUGAAGUCCCCAUCUUGACUGAAGAUUACGUAUGA